AUGUAUUUACAAAAAUUCAUGACGUCAUGUGUAGCUCUAAACAGCUAUGUACACCUGUCGUUUAACGCAGUGAUUUCCUUCCAUUGUAGUAUUGACCGUUUGAGUGGGAACCUGGAAUUCUAUCAGUUUUUAUAUCGAUCACCUUUAUUUACUUUUCCAACGAACUUGUCUGCAGGUCGAAAAUGUCCAAAUAUGGUACGUUGUGGAAUGCGUAACGUUUUCUUAUUUUCCAUCCAUACAUCGAGUUCUUCAUCGGAAUUCGUUGAGCAAUAAUGAUCGCUGAGAUCAAGAAGGGUGAUAGUUGAGCCGGAUAGCAGUGCACGUGUCACAUACCAAUCAUCCAUCUGUAGAUCAGAUACUCAAUCCCAACGCGAUCCACCAUGACGUCGUCGUCGAGCUUUAUGAUAAAGGUUGGUGUUUCCGGACAUGUUGACAACAGCUGAAUCCAUGCUUGAGCCUUGUAAGUUAUGUUAUGGUAGUGGUCGAUCGUAUCAACCUGUACUAUAUCGUUGUAUUUCUCUGCUUCUUUUUCAAUCUUGUCAGUAGGUUCAACGGUACUGCCGACCACGAAAAUACGUAUAUACCGUGACGGCUACCCGAGAAAUGAUAAAUGAUAGAUGCCCAUAAGGGGAUUUAUUCAGGCCAAUUACGUCAUGCGCAAAUGGAUCAGUUGAAGCUGAUCCGAGAUCUUACCGAUCGGUCACCCGGGUGUGGUGUAGUGUCGCGUUGCGGCAACAGACGCGCGAAGGAAGGUAGCAGAAUGCAGCAGCAGCUAAGAAAUCCAGGAACCAAAGAAUCAACAGUAGAGUCAUGCCAAAGUAAUAAUCGCAUAGGGAUUGAGCUGUAUGAAGAACGCCAGAACUGUUAUGGCGAGGCAAAUGGUCCGCGACAGCCGCGUGCGGCGGAUCGAUCACACAAAAUCGUUCCUACUGCCCGUCUGCCGUCAAAAACCCUUCCUAUACCGAAGCGGGAUCAGCUGAGGAAUCAAGUGGACAGUGAGACGCUCCUAUAG